GCACCUUGGUCCUUCCCACUUCCCCAUCCUCACCAAGCUUGGUGUAUGUGUCUGGGUGUGUCUGUGUAUCCAGGGCCUGGAAAUCCUAACCACCAGCAGCUGCCACCACUUUGUGUCUGGAACAGCCCCAGAGUCUCCUGCUGACAGCUGUUCUCAGAUCUUGCUUGGAGACGAGAUUGUGCAGGUCAACGGGCGAGUGGUGGUGGGCUGGCCCCGGGCUAGCUUGGACAGGCAGCUGCUCCAGGACCCGACCCUCCUCAGACUGGUGCUGAAGACUGUUCCUGUGCCCAAGACUGAGCCUCAGAGCCCCUUGGACAUUUCCUGCUCAAGGAGCCAGUCACCAGGCUUGACCUCCCCACCUCCUGGAGCCUCAGAAGAAAAAGCUACUGCCUUCAUGUUUGACCAGAGCCCAGGCCCAAGAUCCCCCAGGUCUUCUGAGGCAGGCCCAACCACACCUUUAGCCUGUGGCAAUAUCUCAGGCUCUGAUGGGGCACCCAGCUCCCCCAGAGUAGCAGAUCCCCACCCAACAGCCCAGCCAGGCGUAGAGGAAACUGAGAAUCACGGAUUCCCAGAGCCCCUGGACAAGAGUCCUUCCUGCACUAGGAAGAAGUCGAAAUCCAAAGGGGUGGCAACUCGGCUGAGCCGAAGGCGGGUGUCAUGCCGGGAGCUGGGCCGGCCUGACUGUGAUGGGUGGCUCCUGCUUCGGAAGGUGCCUGGAGGUUUCAUGGGCCCCCGCUGGCGCCGAUGUUGGAUGGUGCUGAAGGGUCACACCCUCUACUGGUACCGCCAGCCCCAGGAUGAGAAGGCUGAAGGGCUGAUCAACGUCUCCAACUAUAGCCUGGAGAGUGGCCGAGACCAGAAGAAGAAAUAG